AUGCGUGCUACCAGUCGAUUACUCCGAUCCUGCAGGAUAACACUCUUCACCCGCGAGAAUUGUGGGCUCUGCUCUCAGGCGAGAUCCGUUUUGUCAGAUGUUUGGGACAAGCGGCCAUUUGCGUUUGAGCAAGUCGACAUUAUCAAGCCCGAAGCAAAGCGUUGGCGCGAUCUGUAUGAGUUUGACGUCCCUGUGAUCCACGUCAGCAAGGCCGAGUGGCCGGCAGAAAACCCAGAGCUAUCUUCCAAGGCUGUGAAAUUGAUGCAUCGCUUUACACCUCAGGAUGUCGAGGCCAAGAUGGACGCCGUUGAGAGCUCCUAG